AUGAAUAUACCCGAUUAUGAAAGUCCAACAAAUUAUGACUAUGAGUCAGGAAAGCAUUUGGUAACACCCCUUAUGAAUAGAUAUACUUUAUUUAUUGUUAUUUUAGGUAUCUCUUUCUUAAUAAUGUUUAUAAUAUGCAGGUUAUUAAUUUUUUGUCUAGGUAAAUCGAAUUUAAAGAGUCCAUUCUUUAGAAAUAUCCAAUGGUUUUUCACAUGCUGUGGCGAAUAUGAUAAAAAAAAUAAUAAUAACAAAACCAAUAGAAAUGCUAGAAGUAAUAGUAUCGACCUAACUGUCCAGAGUGGAAGCUUAAAUAACUUAUUUAAAAACACAAAUAAUCCGAGUAGUACUACAAAUGCCCAAAGUAAAAAUCUAUAUACUCAAAGUGGUAGUUCAAAUAAUCCGAGUAGUACUACAAAUGCCCGAAGUAAAAAUCUAUAUACUCGGAGUGGUUGUCCAAAUAAUUUAGAUGGCAACAGAAAUAAUAAUAGAGUUUCAAAUGCACGUAUUAUUGGUACAACCCCUUCGCACUACUACAGCAUUGUAUCUAUUGAUACUGAUGUUUAA